GAAUUGAACAUUCUCUUUCUGAAAAGCAGUGGUUGAGGUUGUCUCUACACCCGCCCUGCUAAGAUUGGAUUUGCAAAUACAUCUGCAUUUAUUCAGAAAAUCUUGAAUUCAAAAUCAUCAUUAACAAUGUCCGGCAAUUGGAGCAAUAGCCGUGGUGGUAACGGCGGUUCCAAAUAUGGUUCUGGCGGUGGUAGCAAAUUUGGCGGCGGCGGCGGUGGAGGUGGCAGCCGCUUUGGCGGCGGUGGUGGUGGUGGUUUCGGAGGCGGCGGCAAAAAGGACUUCACUGGAGGCCAGAACAUGCGCCGCCCUAACUGGGACACCAUGACAUUGCAGCCUUUCAACAAGAACUUCUACAACCCACACCCGACAGUCCUAAGCCGGUCCCCAUAUGAAGUAGAAGAAUUUAGGGGUCAGCAUGAGAUCACUGUGAGUGGGCUUGAUGUCCCCAUCCCUAUCCAACGUUUUGAGGAGGGCAAUUUUCCUGACUAUGUAAUGAAGGGAAUCAGUGGUAUGGGCUACAAAGAACCAACACCUAUCCAGGCUCAAGGCUGGCCGAUUGCUAUGUCUGGAAAUAACUUGGUUGGUAUCGCCCAAACUGGAUCUGGAAAGACCCUGGCUUACAUUCUGCCUGCUAUUGUGCACAUCAACAACCAACAGCCCCUCAGACGUGGUGACGGACCCAUUGCUCUGGUUCUCGCUCCAACAAGAGAGUUGGCUCAGCAGAUUCAACAAGUAGCCAAUGAUUUUGGAAAUGCCUCGUAUGUGCGUAACACUUGCGUGUUUGGUGGUGCUCCUAAGAGAGAGCAAGCUCGCGACUUGGAGCGUGGCGUGGAGAUUGUUAUUGCCACACCUGGCAGACUAAUUGAUUUCCUGGAAAAGGGAACCACCAACCUUCAAAGAUGCACUUACCUGGUCUUGGACGAAGCUGACCGCAUGUUAGACAUGGGUUUUGAACCUCAGAUUAGAAAGAUCAUUGAACAAAUUCGCCCAGACCGACAGACCCUUAUGUGGUCUGCCACAUGGCCUAAAGAAGUGAAAAAGCUGGCCGAGGACUAUCUCGGAGACUAUGUUCAGAUCAACAUUGGUUCACUCCAGCUCUCUGCCAAUCAUAACAUUCUACAGAUCAUCGAUAUAUGCCAGGAACAUGAAAAGGAAAACAAAUUGAAUGUACUUUUACAAGAAAUCGGACAAAGUCAGGACCCUGGCGCAAAGACCAUUAUUUUUGUUGAGACCAAGAGGAAAGUUGAGAAUAUCACUAGAAAUAUUAGGCGCUAUGGCUGGCCCGCUGUGUGCAUGCACGGCGAUAAAACACAGCAAGAGAGAGACGACGUUUUAUAUCAGUUCAAGCAAGGCCGUGCCAGUAUUUUAGUAGCAACUGAUGUUGCUGCCAGAGGACUUGAUGUUGAUGGGAUUAAAUAUGUAAUCAACUUUGAUUACCCUAACUCUUCUGAGGACUACAUUCAUCGGAUAGGCAGAACUGGCCGUUCAAAGACGAAAGGCACAUCAUAUGCCUUUUUCACACCUUCCAACUCACGUCAAGCCAAGGAUCUCGUUUCUGUACUACAGGAAGCCAAUCAGACUAUCAGUCCUCAAUUGCAAUCUAUGGCCGACCGUUGUGGAGGCGGUGGGGGCGGAUGGAACAACAGGAGCCGGUUCGGAGGUGGCCGCGGUGGUGGCGGCGGCGGCUCAUUCAAGCGCGGUACAAACUUCGGUAGGAACGGACAAGGAGGUGGUGGCGGUGGCCACAGACGGUUUAAUGACUAUUAAUUUUAAUCUAAAUCUAAGAUAGCUUAUAAGUAGCAAAUCCUCAUAGGAAUUAUUUGUGUGAAAGUGUAAUGUUUAUUGCAAGUAGGAUAUCUGAUUGUCUGGUAUAUAGUAUCAGUGAGUUUAUUUAUUUCGUGGGUCUACAUUAUGUACCUUGAUUUUCUAAACCUAACUUAAUUGUAUUAUUUUUAUUUUUGCACUGUGAUAAUUUAAGCUGUGAUUCUGGUGAGGAUUAGCUAAAAGGUUUUGUUACUAAAACAAUUUCUGAUUACCGAAUUGUCCGUGUCCGUGAAACUUGAUUCGUCACUUCUGGGAGCUGUUAUUAGACUUAAGUUAUUGACUGUACAACUUUGAACAGCUCCUCAACUUCAUAAUUAGAAAUUUUCAUUCCAAUACUGUUCUAUGUUAAAUGUCAAUAAAUGUGAGAUAAGAAUGAAGACGAACAUUUUAAAA